UAGCAGUGCGUGCAUGUGCGCUUCGUGAAAACUUUCUCUCUGAUUGGUGUAGAUAUGUUAGUGCGAUCUGCGCUUCUUUCUUAGUUACGGCACGCGUACAGUGGUGAUCUGAAGAUGACUGUCAAACAGAAAGGCGUUUCUCAAGAAGCCCUCAAAGUCAAGGUAAUCUCGGAAAUCAUCAAAGAGCUUCUAGCGGCGCAGAAAGAACGCAAAGAUGUCAAUCUCAACAGCGUCAAGUGUCAAAUAUCUUCAAAGUACGGCCUCAGUUCCCAACCGAAGAUCGUUGACAUCAUCGCCGCCAUGCCGCCGGAGUAUAAGAAGGUACUUCUACCGAAGCUGAAGGCAAAGCCAGUGCGGACUGCUAGUGGGAUAGCAGUUGUGGCGGUCAUGUGCAAGCCCCAUCGGUGCCCUCACAUCAACAUGACGGGAAACAUAUGCGUAUACUGUCCUGGUGGUCCGGACUCGGAUUUCGAGUAUUCCACACAGUCGUACACAGGUUACGAGCCAACAUCUAUGCGUGCCAUCAGGGCCCGAUACGAUCCUUUUCUCCAGACAAGACAUCGUGUUGAACAGCUCCAGCAAUUGGGCCAUUCUGUGGACAAAGUGGAGUUCAUCGUGAUGGGGGGCACCUUUAUGUGUCUGCCCGAAGACUACCGGGAUAGGUUCAUCCGCAGCCUGCACGACGCCUUGUCAGGGCACAGCAGCAGCUCGGUGGCUGAGGCUGUGAGGUACAGCGAACGAGCCCGCACCAAGUGCAUUGGCAUCACUAUUGAGACACGCCCAGACUACUGUCUCAAGAGACACCUUGGAGAUAUGCUCCAGUACGGUUGCACCCGGUUGGAAAUCGGUGUUCAGAGUGUUCAUGAAGAUGUAGCAAGGGACACUAACCGCGGUCACACAGUUCGAGCUGUGUGUGAAUCCUUCCAACUGGCAAAGGAUGCAGGCUUCAAGGUUGUCGCCCACAUGAUGCCUAACCUUCCAAAUGUGGAUUGGGAGCGUGACCUUGACCAGUUUGUGGAAAUUUUCGAGAAUCCAGCAUUUCGUAUGGAUGGCCUCAAGAUCUAUCCAACAUUGGUAAUUCGAGGCACAGGCCUGUACGAAUUGUGGAAAACAGGUCGAUACCGCAGCUACCCUCCGGGCUUUCUGGUGGAUCUCAUUGCCCGCAUCCUCGCCUUGGUUCCCCCGUGGACGCGUAUCUAUCGUGUCCAGAGGGACAUCCCAAUGCCACUGGUGACCUCCGGUGUUGAGCAUGGCAAUUUGCGGGAGCUAGCGCUGGCUAGAAUGAAGGACUUUGGCACGAGGUGCCGAGAUGUGCGCACUCGAGAAGUGGGCAUUCAAGAGAUCCACCACAGAGUACAGCCAGAUCAGGUGGAGUUGGUGCGUCGUGAUUACGUAGCCAAUGGUGGUUGGGAGACGUUUCUCUCGUACGAAGACCCUCGGCAGGACAUCUUGGUUGGGCUGCUGCGGCUGCGCAAGUGCUCCCCCGACACCUUCCGUCCCGAGCUGGUGAACGGAUGCUCCAUUGUGCGAGAGCUGCAUGUAUACGGCAGUGUUGUACCAGUGAGUGCCCGAGACCCUACUAAGUUUCAACACCAGGGCUUUGGAACGCUGCUUAUGGAGGAAGCGGAGCGCAUUGCUCGUGAUGAACAUGGCUCGCACAAGCUGGCAGUUAUUUCAGGUGUAGGCACACGAAACUACUAUCGCAAACUUGGAUAUGAGUUGGAUGGCCCUUAUAUGUCUAAGCUGCUCACAGCCAAACCCACUUGAGUGCUUCUAUGGGAGGUACCUUGUGGGAGGGCGUUGUUGUGGCACUGUUAUUGUGAGAUUGUUGACGCGGACUGUACAGAGAGAAUAAAGUGUUGGUCAAGUGUGUUUAUUGA